AUGACUCGGGAGCGGAGACAGUUUGAUCAAGCUGUUGCGCCACCACCUUCAGACACCUCUCACAACAAAACCACGAACUCAGCAACUGCAACCAAAAAUGCUGGCAGCCUGACGAAUGAGCAACGAUCAACCAAUGAGACACGAAAGUCAUCAGAACAGGUUUCCUCAAGUCACCCCUCUCGUACUUCACACAUAUCCCAGUCUCAAUCCACACCUAGCAACAGGACAGCUUCCAGAGAUCAAACUAAUUCCAAAGAUGAAUCCUCGUCCACGAACCACACUCAAUCGAAAGAUUCGAGGAUUCUUAGCGGCCAGAUCGACUCCAAAAAUCAAACUACAACUGAUGACACCACAGGAAAUUUUACGACGAAGAAUUCAUCAAUAGUGACACCUACCAGCGAUUUGAACUCCAACCACUCACAGUCUCUAUCAAAUUCUUCAGUGACCGAGUCUAUGGCGAUACUUCGAGAUCAAACGCACUCAGAUGGACUACAUCCUGUCCCCAACAUCACAUCCUCCACUGGCGGAUUUCAAACCCAAUCAGAAACAAGUCCGAUUGAAUCUCAUCAAAAAACGUCGGCAGGUGCGAUUUGUGGAAUUGUAUUUGGAAUUCUGCUAGGUAUCAUCUUGCUAGGACUCUUGAGUUUCCUUCCAAGGUGGUACAAGAGUAAAUAUGGUUACCGCCGUGGAAUUCGACGUCACAUCAGAAACCAAAGCUCAACCGAUAGUAAUCGAGCUGUUCGCGACAGAACUUCGUUCACUGCUCAGUUCGGGGCUCAUGAUCCUUUCGCAGGGCCACCAUCAACCUCCAUCAGAAAAUUAGACGCUUUUCCCCGAAGUGACACUGUUGGUUCUUUCAAUCUAGGUAAAACCUUAAGUCGAAGUCCAAACUAUUUAAUACCAGGCCGACCCGAUCUUAAGCCAUCAAUCUCGCCACCCAUGAUCGAGGAUCCACUGCCUAUUAUGCAUCGCUCUCUAUCAAGUCAUUCAAACGGAAUGCCAGUUUCUUGUAUGUCAGCUGUAGUCAAGAGGAUGUCGAGUACCAUUAGAAGCCCUUCCUCUCGGACUAAUUUCCCGACCAAGAGAGAAUCAUGGACCAGAGAUCCUUAUCACCGACGCGGGAGCAUCCUUUCCAUAAGAAAUCCAGACAUUCAUGAAGAUCAAAUCACGGAUCAAGAUCAUGAGGAACAGAAAAAACGGUUUGAGAUACCAAAGCUACAUACUUCACCUUCAUCCGAUUUACACUAUCAAGAUCUUCCUGUCGGAUCUACUCUCCAUAGUCAGGAGCACAUUGCUUCACGGCCUGGUUUCCAGUAUCUCCAUCCAGAAGUUCCGAAUCGACUGAGUCCAUGGGCUAUGCAUAGUCUCAGUAAUGAAUCAUCUUCGUACGCUCAAGAUUCGACUCCAAUCGAUAUAGAUGAAGGCGAGGCAGUAUUUUGCAAUUCUGAUCUCAUGACGAGCACACAAGCAGCGAUUGACGCGCACCUUAGUUAUCUCUCUAAAUCAUCUCGAUAUUCACAGGAUAGCGAAGUGAGGGAAAGAUUAGAGGUUGAAUCUCCUACGGAUCCAGCUGUACGAUCUGUUACACCAAACUCAUUGGUGUUUGUAUCUUUUGGUGCUGGUCGUCAUUCAAGAUAUUCGGAAAGAAGUCGUAUGUCUUUCGAUACGGGUGAAAUCUAA